AUGGGCUGGGAACUGCUUUUGCUGUCUCCACGCUUGGGCACACACUCAUCUGACCCAGGGCAUCACUGACCCGCAGACAGACGGGAGGGAGAAGCUCUUGGCCGCUCAGACGCCACCAUGUGCUACGGCAAGUGCGCGCGAGGCAUCGGACAUUCCCUGGUGUGGCUCGCCGUCCUCAGCAUCGUAGCUAACAUCUUGCUUUACUUUCCCAAUGGCGAAACAAAGUACGCCUCUGAAAACCUCCUCAGCCGCUUCGUGUGGUUCUUUGCGGGCAUCCUCGGAGGGGGCUUGCUGAUACUGCUGCCAGCGUUUGUCUUCAUUGGGCUGGAAGAGGAUGACUGCUGUGGCUGCUGCGGCCAUGAAAACUGUGGCAAGAGAUGCGCGAUGCUUUCUUCUGGACUGGUAGCUGUCAUCGGAAUCCUUGGGUCUGGCUACUGCAUCAUUGUGGCAGCGCUGGGCUUGGCAGAAGGACCAAGAUGUCUUAAUUCCCUUGGCCAGUGGAACUACACCUUCUCCAGCACUGAGGGACAGUACCUUCUGGACACUUCCACGUGGUCCCAGUGCGUUGAACCCAAGCACAUUGUGGAGUGGAACGUGACUCUGUUUUCCAUCCUCUUGGCUCUUGGUGGAAUUGAAUUCAUCUUGUGUCUCAUUCAAGUAAUAAACGGGGUGCUUGGAGGCAUCUGUGGCUAUUGCUGCUCUCGCCAACAGCAAUAUGACUGCUAGAAGAGCCGCCGCCCGAGGACAGAACCACAGCCUUCCUCUGUGUCAUUGUAAUUUAUAUAUUUUACUUGUAUUAAUUUGUAAAACUUCAUAUUAGUGUAUCAUAUUCCACAUAGUCUACUUUUAUAAAGGUGGAUAAUGACUGACUUCGUCAUAUGAGGUCAGUAAGUGAACUCAGUCAACAGUCCUGUUUUUCAAGGAGUGAGAAAACAAACCCCACUCUGAGAGUAGUGCACAGACUGAGUAAUGGCCCUCGGCGUAUCUGACAUCAAUCAACCCCGUACCGUUCCGGAUCAGAGUCACCUCCCAAUUACUGCCGUACAUACGUGCACGGAUUGUGAAAAUGAAAGACACCUACUUGCUUUUUGCGAGAGCGAGGAGAAAACGCCAAGCACGCGAACAGAUGAGUUUUUUUCCCUGCUUACAUGAUGUUUCCCAUGUGUGUGCCUGCAACCUGCAACGAGAGGCCUCUCCAAGUGCUUUGUGUUCUGGGAGAGACCCAGGGCGGGGGACUCAUCAGGAAUGCUCCAGCCCAAACGUGUGAAUGGAAACACGCAACGACACUACCAGCUGCUGUGGCCGUUGCCAGGUCCUAAAUCUUCCUGACAUGUGGAAAGAUUUUUAUCCUUCAAAGAUGAGUACUAUGGAUCACGAGUUUUCAAAGAGAAAGGCCAGGAGAAUCGGACAAGGACGACACUGGGAGACGGAAUAAAGCAGUUGAUCAACAUCAUGGUGAGGGUGGGGAAGAUCAGAAAGAAAUACCCCUAAAACUCUUUUUUAUGACAAAAUAAAGUGUUUGCUACCA